GAACCAAAUACAAACACCUUUCUCACUCUUGCUCUGUAUCGCUCUCUUCUAGCUCUUGCAGUACUAUACUCUGCCCAUCAUAUAAAAAUUUUCCUCCCAAGAACACACUGCAAAUAAAUAGAGAGAAAAAUGAGAACGGACAUAGAAAGCCUUUGGGUUUUUGCAUUAGCUUCAAAAUGCAAAUCUUUCACCUCCAUAAACUCCAUAUGCUUUGUUCUCUUUAUUCUUCUACUCUGGCUAGUCAUGAACAUCAUUUACUGGUCUCACCCUGGUGGCCCUGCUUGGGGAAAAUAUAAAUGGAGGAAAAAUCCUAGUUCAACUCCAUCUCAUAAUAAUAAUAAUAAUAAUAAUAACAGUAUUAUACCAGGCCCUAGGGGAUUUCCUCUUAUAGGGAGUAUGAACCUCAUGGCUGGUCUAGCACACCGCAAAAUAGCAGCGAUGGCUCAAUCUUGCCAAGCCAAGCGUCUCAUGUCCUUGAGCCUAGGCGAAACACGAGUUAUCUUUACGUGUAAUCCAGACAUAGCCAAAGAGAUAUUGAACAGUUCAGUUUUCGCUGAUCGUCCCGUAAAAGAAUCAGCUUACAGCCUAAUGUUCAACAGAGCAAUAGGUUUUGCUCCUUAUGGGGUUUACUGGCGAACCCUUAGAAAAAUUGCAGCUACACACUUAUUCUGUCCCAAACAAAUAAAAUCCUCAGAAACCCAACGUGCCCAAAUUGCCAAACAAAUGAUCAAAAUGUUCCAAUUAGGUGAACGGGACGUAAUCCGAGUUAGGGAUGUUCUGAAAUUGGCUUCUUUAAACAACAUGAUGUGCUCUGUUUUUGGUCGUAAGUAUAUUCUUGAUUCUUGUAACGCAGAAACAGAUGAACUUGGGAAGUUGGUAGAUGAAGGUUAUGAGCUUUUGGGUAUGCUUAAUUGGGCUGAUCACUUACCUUGGUUAGCUGAAUUUGAUCCACAAAAAAUAAGGCUUAGGUGCUCUAGGUUGGUACCUAAAGUGAACAGGUUUGUUAGCAGGAUCAUCAACGAACAUAGGGCUCAAUCGGGUAGUGAUGUUAACGGUGACUUUGUGCAUGUGUUGCUCUCUCUUCAAGGUUCUGAAAUAUUAUCAGACUCGGAUAUGAUCGCCGUACUCUGGGAAAUGAUAUUUAGGGGGACUGAUACUGUAGCAGUAUUAAUAGAGUGGAUACUAGCAAGGAUGGUGAUUCAUCCUCGAGUUCAGUCAAAGGUUCAAACGGAGGUAGAUCAGAUCGUGGGAGGAUCACGAGCCGUGACAGAGUUCGAUGCAUCGAAGAUGACAUAUCUACCUGCGGUAAUAAAGGAAGUACUGAGGUUACAUCCUCCAGGCCCACUACUCUCUUGGGCUCGUCUUGCAAUAACCGAUACAAAGGUGGAUGGGUAUCACGUGCCGGGUGGGACCACUGCCAUGGUCAACAUGUGGGCCAUCACUAGAGAUCCAGAUGUUUGGGUGGAUCCACUUGAAUUCAAGCCCGAAAGGUUCAUCAAUGGUACAGAGUCUCUAGACUUCUCAGUUUUGGGAUCUGAUCUCAGGCUUGCACCAUUUGGGUCAGGUAGAAGAACCUGUCCAGGCAAAAACUUGGGCUUGACUACAGUCACGUUUUGGGUCGCCUCGCUUUUACAAAAAUUCCGUUUUGAGCACAUUGAUAAUAACGGCCCUGUUGACUUAUCUGAGGUACUGAGGCUCUCUUGUGAAAUGGUCAACCCACUCAGUGUUAGGGUGAGACCAAGACAUGUUCUUCACCAAACACCGAUACCCAAUAAUUGCAAUUAAAAACCUGAAUAUGAAAAAGAAAAAGGCAACACUGCAAGAUAGGAGGCUUUUUUUUUUUUUUUUUAAACUUCUUUUUUCAUUUCUCUGAAACCCCACCUCUAUAAAUGUCUAAUGUUUUGUUUUAUAUUUGUAUUUGAUAUUUAGAAAGUUCGAUUGACUAUGGAUGUACAAAAUGAUAUGUUUGAGUUAAAUAUAAGUUUCACAUAAGAUAUA